GAAAAUGCAAGAAUCUCUUGGGAAAUUAGGAGCAAUUGUGAUCUUCCUAGGAUUAGUUGAAGUUUCAAGUGGACUCCUCUUUGCAAAUACAGGAGUAUUGGAUGUGAAUCCCUUCAAGUGUAUCCUCAGCAGGACAAAUGUGUGCCCCCACGAUGAAAUUGACUUCUUCAUGUUCACCCCCUCCGUCCGGCGUGGUAGGUCAAUCGAUGUCCGACACCCCAAGUCCAUCACACUGGCGGGUUUCCAGCCCAAGCACGAAACCGCGAUUAUCAUACACGGCUUCAAUGGCACGCAACACAGCAAACACAUCAUGUACCUCAAAGACGCGUACCUCUCGCGCAAAUUUAACGUGAUCACGGUGGAUUGGUUUAGGCUGACGCAGUAUCCGUGCUACGUGACUGCACUAACCAAUACACGAGUCGUGGCACAGUGCACAGCUCAAGUUUAUGCUUUUCUGACCCAUAUUGGAGCCAGUCGGCAUCGAAUAACAUGCGUGGGUCACUCACUUGGCGCACAUAUCUGUGGCAUGAUGGGUAACCACCUGACGUCGCGACAAUACAAAAUAAUCGGCCUGGACCCUGCAAGGCCACUCGUGGAAAACCACGCCUCGAAAACUUUCAAAUUAACAAGGGAUGAUGCAAAAGUUGUUCAAAUUAUUCACACAAAUGCCGGAAAGCUCGGGCAAUUGGCUUCAUCCGGAACAGUGGACUUCUGUGUCAAUGGGGGUAGGCAGCAGCCCUACUGUAGAGGUCAUCCGAUACGAAGAUCACGAUGUAGUCACUUCUUGUCUGUGUGCUACUUGGCCAACGUAAUCUUCCACCAUAAGCAGGUGAUUGGGGUCCCCUGCCCGCACGGCUGUGUCCACGUGAAGAAGAAUCGCCUGCCCAUCUACACGAGGAACAUCUUUGACAUUCACAACUUGGUGCAGUACAUGCACAUUGGGCAGGACACCCCAGACCAUGUAACCGGCACAUAUUGUGUCCAAGUCGAUUAUGCCAAACAUUGUCCAUUCAAUGAUAGACAAUAAGUUUAGGAACAUGUUGUGAGGGACGUUGCGAGAUUUGUUGUACAGUGUUUUCCCUAUCUGAAUUAAGUGUUUUUUUUUUUGGAAUAAAGCUCCUCAAUUCACAUUUUUUUUUUAUUUUUGAUGUGAAAAUUAUCUGGUGAAAAUUAUCCCGCAAAGUGAAUUUCUCCCAAAGAUCAUUCGCUAAA